AUGGAGUAUCACGUCCGCGCGAUCCUUGUUGCCCUCUCGCUCGUCUUCCUCGCAAGAAGAAUCAUCACCAAGAUCCGCGUCGCGCGCUUCGAGAAAUUAAACGGCUGCAAGCCAGCAAGGCAGAUCCCCCAGUUCGAGCGCAUCCUCGGCUAUGGGCUGUACAGAAUUCAAGCCCGGGCCUCUGAGACGAGGACGAUCUUGGCCGUGAGCAAGAAGCGGUUUGCGGAUCAUGGUCACACGUGGAAGGCGACCAUGAUGGGACGGUCGUUCUACAAUACCAUCGAUCCGGAGAAUGUGAAGGCGGUGCUGGCCACAAAUUUCAAAGACUUUGGUAUAGGGCAGAGGCAGGAAUCCUUCGGGCCCUUGCUCGGUCAGGGCAUUUUUACGACAGACGGUGCUCAGUGGGAGCACUCGCGGGCUCUCGUCAGACCAAACUUUACUCGUGCUCAAGUUGCUGACCUGAAUACUUUCGAGACUCACAUUCAACAAUUCAUCUCCAGGAUCCCCAGAGAUGGCUCGACCGUCGAUUUGCAACCGCUUUUUUUCCAACUCACCCUAGACAGCGCAACAGAGUUCCUCUUUGGUGAGUCUGUUGGCUCGUUGUCUUCCAGCAAAGACUCCGAACAGGAACGAUUCGGGCGGUACUUUGACCUCGCUCAAAGCCGACUGGGCAAUCGGAGCAGGCUUGGGAAACUAGUCAACCUCUACCGUGACAGUGAAUUCAAUGAGGCAUGCAAAUUCGUGCACCAAUUUGUCGACAAGAUCAUCUUCCGUGCUUUGGAGGAGAAAACCCCACGCGAUCCAGAGAUGUUCAUUGACGGCAAAUCCGAGCGCUAUGUCUUUCUUACAGAAAUGCUCAAGUCAACCCGAGACCCGAAGCAGCUGCGCGAUGAACUCCUCAAUAUCCUUCUUGCCGGACGAGACACCACAGCGAGCUUGCUGAGCAACACAUUCCACGUGCUUGCGAGGCGGCCCGACAUUUGGAAGAGACUGAAGGCGGAGGUGGAUGAGCUGGGUGGUAUAAAGCCCGAGUAUGCGACGUUAAGGAAUAUGAAGUAUCUAAAAAAUCUUCUAAAUGAGUCCCUCCGUCUUUAUCCCGUUGUCCCUGGCAACGCACGCUUUGCCAACAACGACACAACUCUUCCGCACGGCGGCGGACCGGACGGCUCCUCCCCCAUAUAUAUCCCAAAGGGCGCAGUUGUAGCUUACUCGGUGUACUCUAUGCAUCGCCGGAAGGAUGUUUUUGGACCCGACGCGGAAGAGUUCAACCCUGAUCGCUGGGACGAAGGAUUGCGACCAGGAUGGGCUUACCUGCCUUUCAAUGGUGGGCCAAGAAUCUGCGUGGGGCAAAUUUUUGCCCUGACGGAAGCUUCAUACACCAUUGUUAGGUUGCUCCAGGAGUUUGGUCAGAUCGAAGAUAGGGACGGGACGGAAUGGGAGGAAGCUCUGAGCCUGACGCUCGCGAGUGCUAAAGGAGUCGCAGUUGCGUUGAGAAGUGUAACUUGA